AUCAUUGUUACUAUCUUUACGUAGAAGAAGACAUCUCUUUAAUAACCUUGCAUUUACAUAUACACAUCACAACAUGGCAGCACCUACAGCUAUCAAAAACACAACUCUAGUUCCUACAAAUGAACAAACACACACAAAACAAAACAACGAAGAAGAAGAAGAUAUGUUAAUAGACACAAAUGCAGUUCCAGAAACAGAAGCACAAACCACAUCCACAUCCACCAACACUGAAUCCCCUGCUGUCCUUGACGAAUCAGGAAAACCAAAAUUCGCCCCUGCUUCUAAAACAGACAUGAAAGUUAAAUUGGAAGGAAGAAAAGUCCCUAUCCCACCCCAUAGAAUGACCCCAUUGAAGAACUGCUGGGUCAAGAUAUAUCCUCCUUUAGUUGAUCAUUUAAAAUUACAAGUCCGAAUGAACUUAAAGACCAAGACUGUGGAAUUAAGAACCAACAAGAACACUACUGAUCCAGGUGCAUUACAAAAAGGAGCAGAUUUCAUAAAAGCAUUCACCCUCGGGUUUGAUAUUGACGAUGCCAUUGCCUUGUUGAGAUUGGAUGACUUGUAUAUUGAAACUUUCGAAAUCAAGGACGUCAAGACCUUGACUGGUGACCAUUUGUCCAGAGCCAUUGGUAGAAUUGCUGGUAAGGACGGUAAGACCAAGUUUGCCAUUGAAAACGCCACCAGAACCAGAAUCGUAUUGGCCGAUUCCAAAAUCCACAUCUUUGGUGGAUUCACCCACAUUAGAAUGGCCAGAGAAGCCGUUGUCUCCUUGAUCUUGGGUUCUCCUCCAGGUAAGGUCUACGGUAACUUGCGUACUGUCGCUUCGAGAAUGAAAGAACGUUAUUAGAACUCUUGUCUAUGUAUCUAUAAAUCAUCUAAUAAAUCCUUAGUUAAA